AAGGCUUGCGUUGAGGCUUCAACCAAAUAAUUGGAAAACGAGUAUCCAUCACUAUUCACCCAUAUAUAUUAGCUUUUCUUUUCCUCUUCAAAUUAUGUUCUUGCUUGGCCCUCACUAAGACCCAAACAGGGGAGAAGGAACCUAUUCUUUAAAACAUUAAGCAUGUCUUCUUUUAAUGUUGUCCUUCUACACCAUAACCUCCUCCUCCUUCUUCGAUCUCUUUCACAACCAUGGAAGAUUGGAACAUGCUUGGUGCUGAUUGUGUGGUCAUAUCAUGCUGCUGCCAGUGCUUGAUGCUGCAAAUUCUGGUGUUUGUGUUGCUAAAGCUUCCUUGCAAGUUGGUCAAGAAAACAAGAGAUUAUGCUAAGAAAAAGCUUCGUCAAAGGAAGGGAAAUACGCAUAGGGAAAUGGGUUCUUGUGAAGAUGUUCUUGUGAGAAUUCGUGAACAAUCUCUUGGAAUUCAAGCAGAGGUGGCACUAACAGAUGGUGCAGGACACAGUUGCAUGGAUGAAGUUGAAAAGGUGAUGGAGGAGUUUUAUGAGAAGGGAGAGUUUGCGUUUGGGAGCUUUUGGGGGAGGAAGGGGCCAUGGGGUGUUCCUACAAAUGUCGAUCAUUAUGAUCAUGUUAAUUUUGUACAAUAUCAAAUAAUUGAUUUGGUUGGUUCUUCCUUGAGCUAUGUAUAAAUAUGGUAUCGGUUCUGAUGAUGUUCUCGAAGAUUCGUUGCAAUUGCAAACUAGAUCGCUUUUACGAAAUUAUGAUCAUGCUCUUAUGUAAUUUCAUAGGAUUUAUUAUACAAGAAAAUUAAUCUUUGAGAAUCUUAUAUUUUAAAUAACAUAUU